AAGUCAUCAUGCAUCGUCGUUUCUGCGUAUAAAAGAGCACUAUGCUUCCGAAGUCAAAAGCAGCCAAGACCUCUCGCUACAUCAUGAGGGCGCCUGUGCUGUUAAUGCUCUUCGUGGGAAGCGCCCUCGGGAAGUCCACGCGAGCGACCACCGCCUUCACAAUCGCGUACAGUGAGGCGGCGCAGAAUGGCCCUCACAAGAUUUUCACUCACUAUACACCUGACCUUAGUGAAUUCGACUACGACAAUGCCAUUAAGAGUGUUCAUCAGACCGGCAUGUGGGUGUACUACGAGAACGUGCAGUACAACCAGCAGCCCGGCAGAGUCUACUGGGUUCACGGGAUCGAAAUCUCUGCAGACUUUUCAAGCGAUUAUUCGUAUAUGGCCUCUUCGCUGAAGUUCGUCGGCAGCCCUGACGGUGUGGACGCCGAUGCAUUCACAGUGUACGAAGGGACGGCUUUCACGGGAAACGAAUUCUAUAGCGAAUCGGACGCUACCGACCUGGGACCUCUCACGAGAAAGGGCUCCUCCAUCGCCAUCACAGGCACCAGCCCGUGGACAUUCUACAGCGACAACGGCUGGUCCGGGCGCACAUGUGUCUCUAUCCUUCCAUCCACGACGAAGGACCCAACGGCGAGGCUCUGCCUGCGCAAGCUAAGCAAGCACACCAGCAGCUCUACUUUACCUUCAUUAAGCAUCUACCUUAUAUUCCUUAACGGAGUCUACAUUUCUGGAGAAUGCACUUUCAAUCAUUUAGUUGAAGAUAUGAAAGUGGAAGAUAUCGGUAUCAUAGACAACAGCAUCGGCUCAGUGAGGAAAGGCUGCUGGUUCCCGAGUGAGGACGAGCCACUCAAGGCCGAGCCACUCAAGGCCGAUAUAUCAUGUCUUCCUAUCUCUUUCCCUAAUUUUUGCUUCGGCAUUUACAGGGUUUUUGUGGCCCGCACGAAGGGCACGGGCAUCAGACGCCGACGCGCUCCGCCAGAAGGUCGACUCCUGCAGGACCCGCACCGCAUCAUGAAGGCCGUCGCUCUCUUCCUGCUCGUCGGAGUCGCCGUCGGGACUGUGAGAGCGAGUUCGCCUGUUACUCAAGUCUUUAGCGAGGCAGGGCUUAGUGGCAUCAACCAUAUUUUUGAUUCAUAUGUGUCCGACCUCGGGAGCUACGGCUUUGACAACAUGCUAAGAAGUGUCUUCCAGACAGGAAUGUGGAUAUACUACGAAAAUGUCUCUUACAAUAGCUAUCAGCCAGGAAAGGUGUAUUGGGUGCAUGGGAUUGAAAUCGCAGCAGCCUUCCCAGUCGCUUAUUCGGAUAUGUGUUCUUCGCUCAAGUACGUCGGCAGCCCCAGCGAAAUAAAUUAUGAUACCUGGACAGUGUACGAGGGAACCCUUUUCACAGGCUCCGAGUCGUACGGCUCCUCAAGCCACAGCAACACCCAGAAACGAGGCUCGUCCAUAAUCCUCACCGGAACCAGUCCUUGGACGUUUUACGAUGAGGAGGACUGGGUCGGCCGGAGUUGGUGCGUCUUCCCCAACACGGACGUCGACCAAGGAGAUGGGGGCGAAGUCUUCAACCUCGGCAUUUACCCCGAUGUGCAGGAGAUCGGCAUCACGGACAACAGCAUCGCGUCGGUGAAGAAGGGCUGCUGGUCCAAGAACGUGGUCAAGGCCGAGCCGCUCAAGGCCGAGCACAGGGGCAGGAACGGCGCGUGGGGCGUCCUGGAGCCCUAACGUGGAGCCCGAAGCGAGACGAGGCGGUGGUGGGGAAGCUGGCAACGGCACGGCUGGCAACGCUGAAUCACUUGGCGACACCUGGCUUGCGGGAAGGAUAUACUCAUUGAUUCAGCUUGACGAUUUUGGAAUUGCUGAUAAAAAAUAAUAAAUAAUCACACAAAUCAAA